UUAACUUACUGCCUAGUUCUGCUAGCAGCUAGAUGGCUAAAAAUGGACAGGGGAGCCGGAUCAUGACCACUGACUACUUUUCGGGCACGAUGCGAGGUAUACUAAGGACAUCCCUCACACUGGGGCUUUUUGUCAGGCGGGCCCUCCCUUCACAACUUUCGAUGAUGCGUGGUGCAUCUUGUUGACUUGACCCUGCCAGCAUCGUCACCUUAGUCCUACUAUACUAUGUCCUUAUCAUUCCCUUCUCCGCGGUCACUUCAUCGGACAUCCUCAACAUCUGCCCCCUUUCCCCGUGGACUGGACGAUAAGUAGCCGUGUUCACAGCCGAGCGUGAAUAUCUCAUCCCUGCUAUCUAAUCAACCCUUGCUGGGCCAUCCUAUGCCCAGUCAUUGUGCAGAGACAGAAUAGAGCCACAAUGCUGCAGUCUAUGGCUCUCGUGCUCCGGCAAAGCAACACGAUCUCUCGCCUUGUCUACCUCUUCCUCCUCCUGGCCUAUUGCUCCACGCAUACCCUUGCGGCCACAACCGAGCAAUGGAAAACCCGCUCCAUUUAUCAGACGAUGACCGAUCGGUUCGCUCUCACUAACGGUUCGACCACCACCGCAUGCAAUGUCACGGAAAACAGCUACUGUGGGGGCACCUGGCAGGGGACGAUCAACAAAUUGGAUUACAUCCAAGGGAUGGGAUUCGAUGCCAUCAUGAUCUCGCCCGUGGUGAAGAACAUCGCCGGUAGAUCCAAGGACGGGGAGGCCUAUCACGGGUACUGGCCACUCGACCUCUACGAGGUCAACUCUCAUUUUGGCACCCAGGAGGAUCUUGUGAAGCUGGCGGAGGAGGUGCACGCGCGGGGGAUGUACUUGAUGCUCGAUGUCGUGAUCAACAACAUGGCCUAUAACACGGAUGGGGAAAAUCCAGCGACUCACAUCGACUAUACCGUCUUUCCCCAGUUCAAUGGCUCCUCGUAUUUCCACCCAUACUGCCUGAUCACGAAUUGGAACAACUACACCGAGGCGCAAUGGUGUCAAACCGGCGACAACUACACCGCGCUGCCGGAUCUCUACACGGAGCACACCGGCGUGCAGGACACCUUGAUGACCUGGAGCAAAUCGGUCAUGAGCAACUACUCAAUCGACGGGCUUCGCAUUGAUGCCGCCAAGUCCCUCACCCCGAGCUUUUUGCCGACGUAUGUGGAAACCGUGGGGGGCUGGAUGACAGGCGAGGUCAUGGAAUCCAACGCCAGCAUUGUGUGCAAUUAUCAACAGGAGUAUCUGCCCAGCUUGCCCAACUAUCCUCUCUAUUAUGCGAUGAUCACCGGAUUUCUGAACGGGGAGCCGGCUUCCUUGCUCGAGGAAAUCGCCACGAUCAACCGUCUUUGCCCGGACGUACCGGCAAUGGUCAACUUCAUCGAGGACCAGGAUGUGGAUCGCUGGGCGUACAUGAACGACGAUAUCAUGCUGGCCGAGAAUGCACUGACUUUCAUGAUGCUGUUCGACGGCAUUCCCUUGGUAUACCAAGGUUUGGAGCAGCGCAUCGUUGAUUCCAACCGAGCCGCCCUGUGGACCACCGACUACGACACCAACGCGACACUCUACAAGCUUAUCACGAAGCUCAACGCCAUUCGCAAGCACGCCAUCAAUCUCGACUCCGACUAUAUCAACUCCCGGACCUAUCCCCUCUACCAAGGUGGAAGCGAAUUGGCCUUCUGGAAAGGGAGCUCCGGGCGACAGGUGAUCAUGCUUCUGUCCACGCAAGGCUCCAACGGGUCGGCCUAUGACCUGACGCUCCCCGUGAGCUAUGGCGCCAGCGCCGUGGUGACCGAGGUGCUGAACUGCGUCAACUACACCCUCAACACCAACAGCGAACUCGUGGUCUCCAUGGACAAGGGCGAGCCGCGGGUCUUCUUUCCCGCUUCGAUGAUGCCCGGCAGUGGGCUAUGCGGCUACAAUGCCAGCAAUGUGACCUACUCGGAGCUCCGCCUGGCGGCCGUGAGCUCGAACUCUUCCUCCGCUGGCGGCCACACAGUCGCGUCAUUGGCGCCUGGACUGUUUUUCGCUUCGCUGCUGUCGCCUUUCUUGGCAGGUCUCGCACUUUAGGCGGCGAUAUGGGCGAAUGUCAGUCGGAAUGCUUGUUGUAAAAUAGCAGCUCGGCGAGGUGGGGCGACUUCAAGUGCUGAGUCCUAAAUCUUGCUCGUCGCGAUGGCUUGAGGACCAAUGAAUGGCAUUGUUUCUCUUCAGGUUGCCAGCACUUCAUCUUGGGGUCUGACACUUAAGGCUUGGAGGUCGUCUGCUGUUCCCUGAACCUCGCAAUGUCAAGUCCUACUCCCUUGUUAGCUGCAUCCAUGGGGCUCGUAUGACCAUCUUCCUCGAUUUUGUACUGCUUAGGCUUCCAGUGUGUGAGCAGUUGCCUUGACCUUCUCGCAUCACGUAUUAAACAGCAAAGGAUCAACGACAUUCU